AUGGAGAGGAACAACACGGGUGGCGUCGGCGGGCCCGUCGAUACCCCGCACGGUAGGGACAGUUCUGGAAGCAGCAGCGAGCCGCGCUCAUUUGCCUCAUCAUCCACAGCCGAUUUCUCCGCGAGAGGGCGGCUGCCGGGCUCCCCCACGGCAACCUUCGCCUCAACGGAGGAGCAGGAACCGGAACAAGGUCAUCAGCCACAAUCUGCCGUUGACCUCUCCAGUCUGCGUGACGUCCUGCAACAGGUGUGGCGAAUCCGCAAGGAGCUUCAGAAGGAAGAACUUCCGUGGAUCAGGGAUUUUUUUGACAGAGAGCAAUUUUGUUUUCCGAAGAAUUUUGGGGAAGUGGCUUCUCGUCUAAACCUCAACAUUCCUUUUUUUGCCGCAAAUUAUGCCGUGAUUUUCUACACCGUCACGCUGCCUUUUCUUAUCUUUUAUGACCCGCUGUUCUUCGUCCUUUUCUGUGUGUCCGCGUUGCUGGUGCACAGCAUCCAGCUCUCCAGGAAGAAACGGUCGAGGUACGGAACAACGAUGCGCAUUGGUGGUAUUUCGGUUCACUACCAGCGUCUUGCGGACAUUUACUUCAUUGCCUUGUUGCUUCUCUUUGUAUUUGGACAUGGUCUUCGCACGGUAGGGCUCGUGCUACUGAUCAACACCGUGCUUAUUAUCCCACAUGCGUUGCUGCGACGGCCGACGUACUUUGACGACGAGGAGCUGGAGAAAAUGCGCCCCAAAGUGGUGCAGUACAUCAUCACGUUGGUGCUCCUUCUGCUGGCAUAUCUGGAGUGCAAGGGAACCGGUGGGAGCUUCAAGGGCCAUCAUCAUAGGAAGGAGGGGAAGAAAAAGAAGCCCAAUUGA